AUGGACGAGACUGGCAUUAUGCUCUCGAUGCUAGGCGCGGUGAAAGUGUUGGUAGGUAAGAACGACACGCGAGACUACAGAGGUGCGCGCAAAAUGGUCACCGCGAUUGAGUGUAUCAGUGGCGACGGUAGGUAUCUGAACCCUAUGAUCAUA